GACAUUUUGAAUUGAAUAAAACCAUUUUAUAUAGCUUCUGAAGGUACAAAAUCUGUCUAGCUUCUCUGAUCAAGGAUAUUUCUGGUCAAGGUACGCUGGCAAUCCCUUCACUGUUAUGAGAUUAGGAAGAAAAGAUAAGUCAGGACUGGGUAGUUGCUGUUAAUUAUUUUAUUAAAUUCCAGUUAUGUAGCAUGAUCUUUUGUUGCUGAAACUGCAUUCUUCUGAUUUUUAAAUGUUGCUUGUGAAUAAGCUGUGAAUUUGAUUUCAGUCCGGUUAGUGAAGUACAGUUUGCAAGUUCAGUUGUUCUUUCCAUUCUGGUUAAAUAAAACUUCUAUGCUUGCAUUUACAUUCAGCACUACCCUUUAUUUUCCAGCACUUGUCUUCCCUGUUGCCCUUCAAUUUCCAGCACUUCUAUUACUGUCCUUUACUUCUUCGUGCUAGAGUUAGAUUUCUGGAUUUUUGUUUUUGUUUUUCUUUAUUGCUUUUAUUUUCAAUACUUAUUAGUUAGUUUAGUGUCUUGCAAGGUUAGUGCAGAGUAUCCAAGUCCUUGAAUCAUCCAAUGCAAAGAAGAACCAGCAAAGAGGGUUAUUCCAGCUCUUGCGAAUACUUUGAAUUAUUUUGGGCCUAUCAUGGCUCUGACACGUCCGUGCUAAAUCCAUCAACCUACCGGCCAACAGACAAAAUCCCUGCUAGGCUGUUCAGUGAGCGAGAAGCCCACUAUUGUGCUAACGACGUGUUGCUAACCCUAGACUUGGGACUUGAGCGAACUGCCUAGGGUUGUAACUCAAUGAUGUCUGAGCGUUCCAGUUGUAUGACCAACGUGGAUAAUUAGGGUAUGGACAAAUCGUACUACUCAUUGCUAAGGAAACUAUGGACAAGGAAGUAUCAAAAUAUCAAUUUGCACAUGGAGAUCCUAAACUGAAGCUCUACGAAAAAGUAUCUGUGACCUCCAUUGCUGCUAAUUGGAAUAGAGAUGAAGUCAUGAGGCCGAAGAUCCAAUCUGUAACCAUUCCUCUUCUGAUUUGAAUUACAACCCAUGCAAUAGCGAGUUCUGAUUACCAAGAAAGCGGGGUUUGUUCUAGUUUUGAUUAUUAAGAAAUCGAAGAUGAGACGUUAGUUUGGACCGGGCUGAGAGUGAGUCUGAUAUAACUCCUUUCGUGAACAGUUUGACUUAUCUGUAAUCCUAGAACAAGCACAUUAGCUUGAAUAUUCAUGACUAAUUAGUCAAGUUAUUAUCACGACUCAAAAUGCAUAAUUAUGGGGAAAGAAAUCCUGAAAAGUCGAUUCUCAGUGGAAAAUUAGGCGUAAAUAAUUAAGGGUCUUUGCUUAACUGAUGGGCAAAUCAACUGAAGAGCUAGGUAUUGCUUCACUGGUAAUUCUUCCUUUCCAUUCCUCUCUCUCUCAAUAUACAUAUAUUAUAUAUAUAUAUACUUGUCUUUCUAUAAUACUAGUAUAUACUAAAAGAUGUAUAAACAAGGAAGUUUUUGUUUUGGAAGAUUGGAAUGGAAUCUUCUAAUCUUGCAGGGCAGGGAUUAGGAAAAGAAUCUCUUUUGGAAGGUAUUGUAAAAAAAACUUUUCAAUAUCACUGCUUUUACUUAUUCUCCUUAACACGCAUUCUUUUAUAUUAUAUGUAACUCAUAUAUACACCGUGUGUAUGUACCCCUCAUUCUCCAAAUCUCAAUCAAGGAUAGAGAGAGAUGGCACUACAAAGAAGGGUGUUUUUAACAGUGUCACUGAUUUUAACUCUUAUUUCAUCAGGGGCAAAAAUAGCGGAAUCAGCAAGAAUAUUCACCAUAGUAAAUGACUGCAAAGAGACAAUUUGGCCUGGCGUCUUCCCUGGAGAGAACUUCGGUGGUGGUGGUUUCGCACUAAAAUCCGGCCAAUCCAUCGUUUUCACCGCCCCCGUCGGCUGGAGUGGCCGGAUAUGGGGUCGGACCGGUUGCAGCUUCGACCAAAAUGGCAAUGGGAAAUGCCAAACCGGCAACUGUGGGACAACCCUCAAGUGCACGGGCUCAGGCGAAACCCCUGCCACGCUUGCCGAAUUUACCCUCGAGACCCUCAAUUUUUACGAUGUUAGCCUCGUGGAUGGUUUCAACGUGCCAAUGACCGUGACACCCUUAAAUGGCAAGGGAAACUGCAGCGUUGCUGGUUGUGACGGGGAUCUGAGGACUAGUUGCCCAUCGGAGCUCGCCAGGAAGGUGAAUGGGAAGGUGGUGGGGUGUCGGAGCGCGUGCGACGUGUUCAACACCGACGAGUACUGUUGCAGGGGCGUUUUUGGAAAUCCGGUCACAUGUUUACCCACCUUUUACUCGAAAAAAUUCAAGGAAGCAUGCCCGACUGCAUACAGUUAUGCAUAUGAUGAUCCUACCAGCGUUUUCACUUGCACAGGAACGGACUAUGCCAUCACAUUUUGUUCAGCCAGGAAUCGAACGGUGUGCACGUAUCACAACAACAAACUUGUUUGCAAUGGAUCAAAUGGCUUACAAUCAUUGGUCGGAUGGUGGUGGGCUGUGAUGCUUGGAUUGCUAUUUAUUAUCUUUUGAAGGAGAUGUCUCAUGUAUAUAUAUAUUUUUUAUUUUCGAAAUGUUGAGGGUUUUUUUAUUUUUAUUUUUUUUGAGCCUACACAAAAUGCAAGUUGCAAAAAGAUUUCUUCACUGAGAAAAGUGCUCAAAAUGGUUGUUAAUAUGAAUCUGUUUGUACCUUUUGGCUUUCUUUUAUUCAAAGUUGAUAAUAUUCAUUUAUUUAUUUAUAAUACUCUCUGUCUCUCA